UGGUUGUAUAAUGUACAGCCCCAGUGUUCCAUAUGUACUGCUCUACCACCUGCAGGCAUAAAGGAACAGUGAAAAGUCAGUCACGUUAGCCUGUGGCUGGACACACGAGCUGUUCAGCAAGUGAUGUGCUCCCUACUCACUGUGUGGACUAGAGGAGGCGUCAGUGACUCAAACCUGUGCGCACACAUCAACUGCCUCUCCUGCCUGCCUUCAAAAUAGCAUAUCCAAGCACUUGUGGAGGAGACAGGGCAUCCCUUAUCCCUUCCUGUGCCCCCAUUGACAUUCAAACAUCUUUCCUUUCUGGAAUUUGUAUAAAGAGGAGUUUAUCUGGCAAAGCUGCUAGGUCUACACUCCAGUCAGUUGGACUAAAGUGCUCUGGAUUUGGGACCCUCCAGGUACAGUAGUAGGUGGAUCUCCCUAUCCAGUCUUCAAAGGGGAUUGUGAAAAUUAGGCAAAAUCAUUAGCCCAAAAGGAUUGUCUCUGGAGAGAUGGCAUCAUCUUCACCUUCAUCAUCGGAUACCAACCAGGACACCAAUCCAAUCAAUCUACGACCCACAACCUACGACACAUGGUGUGGGGUGGCACAUGGAUGCACGAAAAAGCUUGGACUAAAGAUCUCUGGCUUCCUGCAGAGGAAUAACAGUUUGGAUGACAAAGGCAGGAUUGUGAGUUCCUUCAAAGAGAGGCAUGCUUCCAAAAAUCUCUUGGUGUGUGAAAAUAUUGAGGAUUCCCGGUUUCGCCAUGCUGAGACAGACUUCUCCAAUCUCUUUGCUAGAGAUUUACUGCCCGCUAAGAAUGGGGAAGAGUUCACUAUGCAGUUCCUACUGGAGGUGGUUGACAUUCUCCUAAACUACGUAAGGAAAACAUUUGAUAGAUCCACCAAAGUCCUCGACUUUCACCAUCCUCACCAACUUCUAGAGGGCAUUGAAGGCUUCAAUCUGGAGCUGUCUGACAACCCAGAGUCCUUGGAGCAAAUCUUGGUGGAUUGUAGGGAUACCCUCAAGUAUGGAGUGAGAACAGGACAUCCUCGUUUUUUCAAUCAACUCUCAACAGGAUUGGACAUUAUUGGCUUGGCUGGGGAAUGGCUGACAUCAACUGCCAACACUAACAUGUUUACAUAUGAGAUCGCACCAGUUUUCGUCCUCAUGGAGCAGAUUACACUUCGGAAAAUGAGAGAAAUAAUUGGCUGGACAGAAAAAGACGGAGAUGGAAUAUUUUCUCCAGGUGGUGCUAUCUCCAACAUGUACAGCAUUAUGGCUGCCCGCUACAAAUACUUUCCCGAAGUGAAGACCAAAGGCAUGGCGGCAGCCCCCAGAUUGGUCCUCUUUACCUCUGAAAAUAGCCACUAUUCCAUAAAGAAAACUGGUGCUGCAUUAGGGUUUGGAAGUGAAAAUGUAAUCCUGGUAAAGAGCGAUGAAAGGGGGAAGCUAAUUCCUGCUGAUUUGGAAGCAAAAAUCCUUGAAGCAAAGCAAAAGGGUUAUGUUCCUCUAUAUGUUAAUGCUACAGCUGGAACAACUGUCUAUGGUGCGUUUGAUCCAAUAUCUGAGAUAGCUGAUAUCUGUGAAAAAUACAACCUCUGGCUUCAUGUUGAUGCUGCGUGGGGAGGUGGACUGCUUAUGUCCAGAAGGCACCAGCAUAAAUUAAAUGGAAUAGAGAGGGCUAAUUCUGUCACUUGGAAUCCUCAUAAGAUGAUGGGUGUCUUACUCCAAUGUUCUGCAAUUCUCUUAAGAGAAAAGGGCAUACUACAAGGUUGCAAUCAGAUGUGCGCAGGGUACCUGUUCCAACAAGACAAACAAUAUGAUAUAUCAUAUGACACAGGAGAUAAAGCAAUACAGUGUGGUCGACAUGUAGACAUAUUCAAGUUCUGGCUGAUGUGGAAAGCCAAGGGCACUGUUGGAUUUGAAGCUCAGAUCAAUAAGUGCUUGGAGCUUGCAGACUAUCUCUACUCUAAGAUCUAUAACCGGGACGGCUUUGAAAUGGUCCUUAAGGGAGAGCCUGAACAUACAAAUGUCUGUUUCUGGUACAUCCCUCCAAGUCUAAGGGGAAUGCCCAAUAGUGAAGAAAGACAGGAGAAGCUGCACAGGGUUGCUCCUAAAAUCAAGGCUUUAAUGAUGGAAUCUGGCACAACAAUGGUGGGAUACCAGCCACAUGGAGAUAAAGUCAAUUUCUUCCGAAUGGUCAUCUCAAACCCAGCAGCUACCAAGUCAGACAUCGACUUUCUUGUAGAAGAAAUCGAAAGAUUGGGUCAAGAAUUGUAAUAGUUGUGUUGUGUGCCAUGAACCCCUACUGUGCUGGUGGAACUUCCCAAAACACAGAGGAGGAUUAUUAGUGUUCUAUUGCUGGAUAAACCACUUGAGGAAAAAAUGGGUUGUGCAAUGUACAGAGUCGAGUUUUAAGGACAUUUCCUUAAUACUUGCACAAUUCCCUUCUAGCACCUUAAAUGAUUUAAGCUGCUGGAAUAUAUAUGUAGAUCAUAUACAAAGACUAUAUUAACUCAUGUGUAAGAUGAACCUUAAAUUAGUAUUUUUGGCCUUCUGAAGGCCAAUGUGUCUUGAUGACACAUCUCACAGCAGUGUGUUGCACUACUCACUGGCUUUCAAAGGCUUAGCAAUCUACAUUAUGUACCUGAAUGUUGUACAGUGUAACUGUAUGUAUGUGUGUGUGUGUGUAUGCGUGUGUGCAGAUAUAAUAUAUAUGUACAGGGUAUAGGCAAGUUAAGAAGUUGUCUAAAGCAGCAAAUAAUGGCGGCUUAGUAUUCGGAAUCAUGGGUUCAACGGUAUGGAAAGUCUGUUCCAAACAAUAAUCAAUAAGUAAGGUUUCUCACACACCACGUUUUAGCUGACAAAUGGUAGAUUCCUGUUUGAUGGCACUUUAUAAUGAUUUGUUGUUCAUUAUAAAUAUAAACACCAUCAACAACAGUGUAUAUAUACACAAUCACAGAUUUAUCCUAACUGUAGAACAUGCAGAAUUCUCUGCCAAAUGAUUCUGGAAGCCUUACUGGGGUAAACAUGUUAGAUGUAUUGGGUUAGGGUAUGAUUUAUUUUGUGUUAAAAAAUAUAUGAUGGAAUGGGAAAAUGUUAUCAUAUUAGGGAGCAUCCCCACAAAGUAGGCCUCAUAGACCUUUGUCAAUGUUCAUACAUACACAGUGACAAGUUACUAUCUGCACAAAUAUUUGCGGGUUUCUGGCACUAUAUAGAAAUCCUAUAUACAGUUACUAGUAGUAGACCCUGAUGUAAGUGCUUUUAUCAGUAGCAUAACAAGCCUGAAAAAAAACAUUACCCAGUAAGUAGUAAGCACAGUCUUUGUUACAGGUAUAUUAUCGCUGUGUUUUUACAGAUUUAUUUGUGUAGAGUGUGCACAUUAUUGUUGAACAACUUUGUGAAAGCAGAAUACACAUCCUAGUUUUACAGUAACAUGUUAUAUGAUAGUUAUAUGAAAUACUUGCUUAUUUAUAUGCAACGAUUUACCAUGUUAAAGAGGUGUCUUGUAUUUUCUUCCAUUUGUAUUGUACCCUAUUUAUAUAUAAUAUAUAAAUACAUAGUAUAUAUUACUGAAGUAAGUUAUAAAUAAUGAUGAUUAUUGUAUUUAAGUGUCUUUGUGAGCCAAAGAAAAACGAAAAAUAUAGUAGAAAUUGUAGAUAUGAAUAUAGUGCCCUCAACAGUUAUUCCAGAAAAUAUAAAGAAUCAAAAUGAGUAUAUAGUUCAGAACUCAAUCAAAUGCUAGAAAUUUACAGCAUAAAAAUGGUAUUAGUCAAUUUUUGCAAGGAAACCCUUUGCUUCUGCCAAUCAUAAAGUGACCCCAUUAUUUUUAGAAUUAGCAGUGGACAGAGUUGCACUAUGGUUCAACAUCCUGUGCCCUGAACAGUAUAUGUCAUUGGGUUAGGCAGGCGCAACAAAAUAUUUUUAGCUAUGGGGUCCCCGACCUUUUAUAGACACACAAGCACAAAAAGUUUAUGGGUUUAGUGAUUGGCUAUUUGGUAACCUUUUGUAUACUGCCAACUUGCAGAGGGCUUAACUUGAAGUAAAUCUGUAUCUCACGUCUCUAUGGCUUGUCUCCUUGCCAGGAAUUAAUAAAUGAUUCCUUGCUUGAAGGCCACUGAGAAUAACAACAGAAGGGGACUGUGAACAACAUUUUACUAUCAGUUGAAGUUCAAUGUUCUAGGUUAAAGAAAAGGUACAAGUAGAAGUGUAGCAGAUAGCAUCUCUAUUAUGUAGAGAAUUCCUCUCACUUUUGCAUUAAACAUUGGCAAAAAGUUGGGCAGGUCAUGUUUCAGUAAUUUCUUAACAUGUACAAACUGGUAUGUUUGCAGAAAUCAAACUUGUGACUAUUCUCCAAACCAGGUUAUUUGGAUAUUUUUUUUCCUUUUAGUUUUUAAUAGAACCUCAUUAUUGCUUGUGGAUCACUGGUCUAAAAGAUCAGUAAGUAUUCACAGUUGGUUGACCCUACAUAAAUGGUGCUCAAUGCAAAGGAGCUGAGUUUAGAUUUCCCAAAGUUUAAAAAAAAGGUUUUCAUGGCACAGAUGGGGAAUUCAUAGUAAAAUAAGGGGUAAUGUUCUAACAGGUACAUAGGUCUAGUAAUCCACUGCAACAUUGCAAGCGGCAGAUAUGGUUAUACUGUUUGUAAGCAAGCACCUAAUUGGUUGUUAUGAGUUAUUACAUUGCCCUUACAGAGACAAUUUAUUAAAUAUUACUUUAUUCUAUAGCAAAGCACUUUAUAUUCAUCAUUGAACAUUAUAAACCAAUUGUUUAUUUGUACAGAUAAUUGCCAUUCUGCUGUAUCUGAAUUGGUAUAUCAUUGUAUGAUUCCUACUAAAAAAACAUACUUGCAAUUACAUUUGCUCUGUCUUCAACAGUUGCAUUAAUUGUACAGAAUUGUACAGUCAUAGGCUUUUAAGGGUAUUUUUUUAUUGCAAGGGCAAAAGUUUCAAAAGUCAGUGUUUAUUAAACAUAUUUACACAAGAAUAAUUGUUAUGAUGUGUACCUAUCCCUUUUGUGGGGAUGUUCAAUUAACCUAAAUAUAUUAGUUUGACUCAAGUCAAACAUCUUCUAUAUAAUUUUACACUCCCAACAGCAAGCACAAUAUGGAAGGUUCUCCUGCCCUUUAGCAUUCAUAGGAAUUUACUAAACUGUCUCCAGAUUUCUAAAUAGUGAUGGCUUUCAGAAUCGAAGGUUGUGUUAAAUAUGUUGCACCCUGCUCAUGCACUGCCUUCUCCACCCUUACUUAACUUACUGUUAUCCUUUAUCCACCUUGGACCACUUAUGGACAUUAGUUUUCCCCUCUGGUUACUGAGGCACAUUUCUAAAUAUGUUAAAAGUUGUUGGUGACCCUCUGGGUGUAAGUAAAGUAUAUACUGUAUCUAUCAGUUAUCUAUCUGUCUAUCUAUCCAUUUCACAAUAGGGCUCAUGUUCAAAUUAUGAUAUGGUAGCUAGCUGAUGAGUCCUGUUGUUCGUGGAAUGCCAUGGGGAGUUGUGGGAUUUCAGUGAGAAGUUUCAUGUUCCAGAUCAAGAAUUCUGAUUUCAGUUGGCUGAUUUUGUAGCCCAUAGAAAUAAGCACAAUUUAGAUUUUGAGUAAAAAGUUGGUGACUAAAACAAAUGCUUCCUUAAAGCACAGUAUAUAUGUAUGUACUAUAUAUAUAUAUCUAUAUAUAUAUAGAUCUUAAAAAACAAUGGAAUUAAUUUAUUAAUUUAUAAUUAAAUGCCCCCAUUUACUGAUACAUUAGAAAUUUUACCCAGAACUCUCUUCUUAUUCUAAGAUCUUUGUGCUCAUUGUGAAUGGUGUGCUUAGGGGUAUCUAAAGGGUUAUUCUGUGUGCAGAUGGGGGAGAACAGAGAAGAAUAGGGCCAGGCAUUAUGUCUGGCAAAUCGCAAUACAUAAAAGUACAUGGGAAUGAUGGUUAUUUAUGCCACAUUACCAUUAGGCUAGUAAUAGAAGUAUCUAUGAGCAGUACCCACAUGUAGUUCCUUCUGAUGACGACUGCCUGGCUUAACCCUGGCUUAAAAUCUGGUUCCUAGGGACCAAUAAUCCAGAAUUCAAAAGAGCUGUGAGUGCUGUUCAGUAUUCAAUAUAUAUAUAUAUAUUUAGACAACAUUCAAACAAUCAUAUUUGCUGUAGCCAGGGAGAUGGUAAAUCUUUGUACCCAGUGGCUGCAGGCUUUCUUGGGUUUUCUAGGGCCCUAUAAAAAGCAACAUAGCAUUGUAUGGGGCCAGAAACAUACUGUCCAUGGAUGGAAAUGAGUAGCAGUUGUGCUGAGCAGGAGAUGUGCCUCUAAGAACACAACUUACUCUGAAGCCACUAAAGAAUUUCCUAAUCUCAUUUAUCCAUUUCCCAGGACAGGCCCCGAUCAGGUUUAUCACAUGGUCCUCCUAAUCAUCUCUACCCCUCCCCUCUCAAGCAAAAUUGUAAAGUAAUAAACAAAGAAGAAAAAAAAUAAAAUGAUGUUGACUCAGGAGGAAAGUCAGGGACUGUAGCAAUAGCCACUUAGCUUUAUUUCUUUUUAUCAGGGCACCGUGUGUUUGAAAAAAUGACAAAAUGUGUUGUUUUGUGAUAAUUGGGUUCUCGCUAUUCUGUGACUGACAAAAAAAGAUUUCAUUAUUACAGAUAUGCAAUGCAGUUCUAAUUUUGUUAAUAAAAUUCUACCUUAAAAACA